AUGGACUUUGGGCCGGACAGUAGCAAUCCACCUAGCCUCGCAAACAGCUAUUAUAGCAAUAAUGCGGCCAGGCGAAGCAACCUAAACUUUUCCCGCCCAUUAGCACAGCAGCUACAGGCAGCUGAGCAGCAAGACGAUUCCCAGUCAUCUAAUCGCCAAAACAGAUUUCACUCCGCUGGAUCUUCGGGAGAGCAACUUAUCCCUUUAUCCCCCACACAUAGAGCUUCAAACAUGAACUGCCCUGGACUUAUACACCGGCCUAGGUCACCCGCCAGCUCCCCUAUGACAUCGCCGUCUCAUUCUCCCAGUCCAUGGGCCCGAGAACCAAGUUCUCUAAUACCGAUGAGAUACGCCAGCGAACACAUCCAAAGACCUGUCUCUAGACUUACUGUUCCUAGAACAAGGCCAGGUCCCCGACCUAACUCUGGUAUCUCGAUCACUCCAGCAGAUUUUCCCGGGAUAUCCCACUACCAACCUAUGUCAUAUGGACAGCUAAAGGAGAUCCGUCGAGUAGCUGACCGAAGCGACAGACCUAAGUUCCCGUCUCUGUCUGAGGAACAAGAUGAGUUUUGCUCAGAGCCACCUGAUGGUGGAUUUAUGGCAUGGGCCCAUGCUGCUUCAGGGUUUUUCAUCACUUUCAACACCUUGGGUCUGAAUAUGGCAUUUGGUGUUUUCCAAGCUUACUACUCCAAAGUAUUGCUACGAGGUUCAAGCCCAUCCAAAAUCUCCUGGAUAGGAUCUUUCCAGAUAUUCGCUAACUUCGCCCUCUUCCUUCUGGUCGGUCUCCUGACUAGCAAGGGCUACUUUAAGCUCUGUUUCCGCGGUGGCGCCGUCGGCCUCAUGCUAACCAUCUUGCUAACCGGUUUCUGCAAGGAGUGGUGGCAGUUCUUUCUGGUGCAGGGUGUACUCAUGGGUUGCUCGAUGGGUCUUGUUUUCACUUCUGCAGUCACGGUAACUACUACUUAUUUUUCUACUAAUUUGGGGAUUGCUACAGCCCUGGCGGCUGUAGGAUCUAGUUUUGGUGGUGUGAUACACCCAAUUAUAUUCAAUUACUCCAUCCAUAAAGUCGGGUUUGGAUGGACCCUUCGAAUUAUAUUGUUGGUGAACAUAAUCACCAUGAUCUUUCCUUUAAUUAUAAUUCGAGAACGACCCGGAGUGCCGAGGAGCUCCAACGGCACCAUGGACUGGACAAUGUUUACAGAUCUUUCUUACCUGCUGAUGGCUGCCGGAAUGUUCUUCUCCUUCUGGGGAGUGUACUUUGGCUUCUACUUCAUAUCGUUAUUUGGACAAGACAUUCUAGAUAUGACACCGCAGAUGUCGCUUAACCUGCUCAUAGCCAUGAAUACUUGCAACAUGCUGGGCCGUCUCAUUCCCGGUAUCAUAAGCGAUGCCUGCCUCGGACCUCUAAACACAGUUAUACCCUUCGCAUUCGUAUCGGCGACUUUCAUCUUUUCAUGGAUCGGCGUCGACUCCGUGACGAGCAUCUAUCUGACGGGGUGUUUCUAUGGAUUCUCUGCCGCGGCUAUUCAGAGUCUCUACUUGCCAACUGUCUUUAGUUUCAUGGGGGGCAGCCGCAAAAACUCUCCCUCGCGGGUAGGACUGGUUUUUAUCCUGAUAGCUCUCGCAACGCUGACAGGAGCACCCAUAGGAGGUCGUUUGGUCACGCUGGGAAAGGGAUCAUAUUUAUAUGCUCAACUCUUUGCUGGGAUCUCAUUGACGCUGGCUACAGGUUUGUUCAUAGCAGCGCGGUAUGUGAAACAUGGCUGGAAGUCAGACAAGCUGUGA